AUGCCAGAACCUACAAAGAAACCAGCUUCAGCAUUCAUCAAGAAACCAAAGACAAAAGAUGUUUCAGCAGGAAGCACGGCUAUUUUUGAAGCAGAAACGGAGAAGAUGGGGAUCAAGGUGAAAUGGCAGCAAAAUGGUGUAGACCUUGCCACAAGUGAGAAGUAUAUUAUCAAAUCAGAGGGGAAUAAGCACACCUUGACCAUUAAUAAUGUUGGAAAAGAGGAUGAUGCCACUUAUGCUGUCAUUGCUGGAAGUUCCAAGGUCAAAUUUGAACUUAAAGUGACAGAACCAGAAAAAAUGGAAGCGGUUCCUCCUCCUGAUGUUUCUUCUGAUCAACCAACCUUUUCAGACAUACUUACUGUACCAAACACUGGACCUAUAAAUGCUGAAUCUAAAGAUGCUGAAGCUACAAGUGAUAACAAAGCCUCAGAAGUUCUUCCUACAGAAGCCCAGAAAGAAAUACCUGUCGACCCGAUUGGCAUUUUUGUGACUCGACCACAUGAUGGAGAAGUUACAGUUGGUGGGAACAUUACAUUCACUGCUGUAGUAGCAAGUGAAAGCUUGCUGAAGAAACCUACAGCCAAAUGGUUCAAGGGAAAGUGGAUGGACCUGGCAAGCAAAGUAGGGAAACACCUUCAGCUUCAUGAGAGUUAUGAUCGAAACAAUAAGGUUUAUGUCUUUGAAAUGAAUAUUAUUGAUGCAGAACCAAAUUAUGCAGGGGGGUAUCGAUGUGAGGUGGCUAUAAAGGACAAAUUUGACAGCUGCAACUUUACCCUGGUUGUCCAUGAGGCACCUGCCACAGCUGACCUGGACAUCCGAUCAGCAUUUCGGCGGACGAGCACAGCAGGAGGAGGAAAUCCUGUUCUUGUUCUGUUAUGCAGUGUGGAUGGUCAAGAUGAAGGCAGAGAGUUGGAUUUCACUUCCUUGCUGAGAAAGAGAGACAGUUUCUUGCGCUCGGUACAUCGAAAUGAAGGAAAAGUUGAAUCACAGCCAGAGGUUGAUGUCUGGGAAAUCCUUCGGAAGGCUCCGCCAUCCGAAUAUGAGAAAAUUGCAUUUCAAUAUGGCAUCACUGAUCUACGGGGAAUGUUGAAACGCCUCAAGCGCAUGAAGAAGGAGGAGAAGAAAAGCACAUCAUUUCUGAAGAGGUUGGAUCCAGCAUAUCAAGUUGACAAAGGACAGAAAAUCAAAUUAGCAGUGGAACUUGCUAACCCAGAUGAGGAAGUAAAAUGGCUCAAGAAUGGACAAGAGAUCCAAGUGAGUGGCAGCAAAUAUAUUUUUGAAUCUCUGGGAAAUAAAAGGAUCUUGACCAUAAACCACUGCUCAUUGGCUGAUGAUGCAGCAUAUCAAUGCGUGAUUGGGGAAGAGAAGACUUUCACAGAACUGUUUGUAAGAGAGCCUCCCAUCCUGAUUACUCAUUCUCUGGAAGACCAAGUGGUCACAGUUGGGGAAAGAGUGGAGUUUGAAGCUGAAGUGUCUGAAGAUGGGGCUACUGUGAAAUGGGAAAAAGAUGGUAUAGAGCUUACUCGAGAAGAGGCGUUCAAAUAUCGGUUCAAAAAGGAUGGUAAAAAGCACUACCUCAUCAUCAAUGAGUCCACCAAGGAAGAUAAUGGGCAUUACAAAGUCAAAACUAAUGGUGGGGAGUCUGUUGCAGAAUUGAUUGUACAAGAAAAGAAGCUAGAGGUGUACCAAAGUAUUGCAGAUCUGACCGUGAAGGCACGAGACCAGGCUGUGUUCAAGUGUGAGGUGUCCGAUGAGAAUGUGAAGGGUAUCUGGCUGAAAAAUGGGAAAGAGGUCAUCCCAAGCAAUCGGAUUAAAAUCUCUCAUAUUGGCAGAAUCCAUAAGCUAACCAUUGAUGAUGUUACCCCAGAAGAUGAAGCUGAUUAUUCUUUUGUGCCUCAAGGAUUUGCAUACAAUCUCUCAGCUCAUCUGCGUUUUUUGGAGAUUAAGAUUGACUUUGUGCCUAGACAAGAACCCCCCAAAAUUCAUCUGGACUUCAUGGGGCAAACUCCAGACACUAUUAUUGUGGUAGCUGGAAAUAAGCUGAGACUUGAUGUACCCAUCUCAGGGGACCCAGUCCCUGAAGUGAUUUGGCAGAAAAUGAACAAGCCAUUUUCUGAUUCGGAAGGUCGAGUCCAUGUGGAAACAUAUGAAGACCACUGUGUGUUUACUAUUGAAGGAGCUGAGAAGGAAGAUGAGGGGAUCUACAGAGUUGCAGUGAAAAAUCCAGCUGGAGAAGACACAGCUGAUAUCACUGUAAAAGUUAUUGAUAUACCUGAUCCACCAGAAGCUCCUAAAAUCACUGAUGUUGGUGAAGACAACUGCAUAGUACAGUGGCAGCCACCUAAGUAUGACGGAGGACAGCCAAUACUAGGAUACAUCUUAGAGAGGAAGAAAAAGAAGAGCUACAGGUGGAUGAGGUUGAACUUUGACCUUUUGAAGGAUCUGACUUAUGAAGCAAAGAGAAUGAUUGAAGGAGUUGUUUAUGAGAUGAGAAUUUAUGCCGUGAACUCAGUUGGCAUGUCUCGGCCUAGUCCUGCCUCACAGCCUUUCAUGCCAAUUGCUCCUCCAAGUGAGCCAACACACUUUACUGUAGAAGACAUUUCUGACACUUCUGUUGCCCUGAAGUGGAGACCCCCUGAAAGGAUUGGAGCAGGAGGAUUGGAUGGCUACAAUAUUGAAUACUGUAGAGAAGGAUCCACUGAAUGGAUUCCAGCUCUUCCUAGCCCCACUGAACGCACAUCUGUCUUACUUAAAGAUUUGGUUACAGGAGACAAAUUGUUUUUUCGCAUCACUGCUAUAAAUUUAGCAGGGACAAGUCAACCAGCAAUGAUUAAGGAACCAGUUACUGUUCAAGAGAUCUUGCAGCGCCCUAAAAUUAGGCUGCCACGCAAUCUCAGACAAACUUUAAUGAAGAAAGUUGGUGACACAAUCAACAUUGUAAUUCCUUUCCAGGGUAAACCUAGACCUAAAGUUAUCUGGAAAAAAGAUGGUCAGCUAAUAGACCCCGAGGAAGUGGGAAUACGAAACAGCAAUACAGAUACUAUUCUAUUUAUCCGAAAGGCAGAACGUCACCAUUCUGGGAAAUACGAAGUUGAGGUGCAAAUAGAAAACAUGAGUGACAAGGUCACCAUUACAAUGCAGAUUAUGGACAAGCCUGGUCCUCCUCUGAAUAUUAAGAUUGUGGACGUAUGGGGAUUCAAUGUUGCAUUGGAAUGGAUGCCUCCCCAGGAUGAUGGCAAUUCUCAAAUCACAGGAUAUGUGGUCCAGAAGGCAGACAAAAAAACAAUGGAAUGGUACACAGUUUUUGAUCACUAUCGGCGCACGAACUGUGUAGUAUCUGAGCUGAUCAUGGGAAACGAAUACUAUUUCAGGAUCUACAGUGAAAACCUAUGUGGGCUGAGUGAAAAUGCUGCAAUCACCAAAAACUCUGCCUACAUUAAAAAGACAGGAGCAAUUUACAAACCACCUAACUACAAAGAGCAUGACUUCUCUGAGGCGCCAAAAUUCACCCAUCCGCUUUCUGAUCGUUCUGUAGUCUCUGGGUACAAUGCAACACUCAGUUGUGCCAUCAGAGGAAGCCCAAAGCCCAAAAUCUUCUGGUUCAAAAACAAUGUGGACCUUUCCGGAGAUGCCAAGUACCGCAUGUUCAGUAAGCAUGGAGUGUUGACUUUGGAAAUCCGCAAGCCCAGCCCAUUUGAUGGAGGCGUUUAUACCUGCAAGGCGGUGAAUGACUGUGGUGAAGCAGAAAUAGAGUGUCGAUUGGAUGUUAGAGGUACUAAAGAGGACUUAAUAGAUCUAUUACUUCCUAAAAGAUAA